AUAUAUAUAGAAAACAAUAUGGAUAUUCUUGCUACAAGAAGAAAGCAAUUACAAUCAUGGAGUACAUUUAAUUUACCAAUCUCUUACGUCGAACCAAUAACUUUACGCAAUUUAAAUAAUUACACCAACAAAUAUAAUUCGCCAUGGUAUUCCAAGGAUUAUAAUAACGUUGAAAUUAUACCAUUAACAAAAUCAACAUCAAAUUAUACAUUAGACAUUCCAAAUACAAUCAAUUCGUCAAGAUUUCCCGAUUUAAAAACGAAAUAUGAACACAAUGCACAACGUGGUUCAAAAACAAUUUUACAUACGCGAUAUACACCCGACGAAUGGUAUCAGAAACAAAUAAAAUAUUACAACGAUGCGAAUUCAUGCAGAUAUUUUUCAGAAAGAACAAGAAACGAAGCUUUACAGAUUAUUAGAGAUGCCGAAGAAAAAAUACAAUCUGGACAAUAUGAUACCGACAGAAGACUCGGCGAAAGAAUAAACGACAUAAGUUUUUGGCGGAAUGAAAUAGCAUCAGAAUUAGAAAGAUUAAUUCAAGAAAUAGAAAGAUUAAACGAUUGUAAUUCCGUUUUAAAUAAAGCCAUUAAAGAUAUCGAGAAUCCAUUGCACAUCGCAGAAGAAUGUCUCUAUUACAGAGAAGCUAGGAAAGAUACAGAGCUCGUGCACGAUAAUUCAGAGAAAUGUUUAGCGAAAGAAAUAGAAAUUUUGAAUCAAAAUAGAACGAAAUUGACGAUUUGCUUAGAUAAGUGCAAGAAUCAGUUGCAAGAUUGCAGAUUAUGUCAAUGUCAAUUAGAAUUGAAUCUAAAAUGUAAAGAAAAUGCUUUACAAAUAGAUACAAUGUGUCAUCAAUUGAACAAUUAUAGUUCCGGAUUGCAAUAUUAUAUCGGAAUUGAAAAAUAUAACUCAUGUCUUACCGAACAAAAUACAUGGAUACACGAUGCUAAUCAGAUAAUCGAAAAGUCCCAGACCGAAAGAAAUAAAUCAUGUCAAUUAAGGACGGAUGCAGAAGCUCUUAUGAUUAAAAUUACACAAGAAAUGUGGGAUGCAUGGAGUAAUACGAACAAUGCUUUAACACAUAGAUCUUCCGAAUUAUUCGAAGCCAAAAAUAAACUUCAACAACAUUUACAAAUGGUUCAACAAGAAAUCUUCAAUGUUGAAAAAAGUUUAGAAUUGAUGCAUAAAGCUAUCGCAGAUAAGAGUCAUAUAUUAAAAGUAGCAUAUACCAGAUUACAAACUAGAACGCAUCGUCCGGAUAUCGAACAUUGUCGCGAUUAUGCGCAUAUGAGUCUCCAAAAAGAAAUCGACGAAAUAAAUCAUCAAAUGGAAAGAAUGUACAGUAAAUUGAAAGAACUAGAGAAUCAACAUCAAAACUUAUUAAAAGCACAAACAACGUUGGAACACGAUCUUGCGUUGAAAAUUGACGCGAUACACAUCGAUCAAGAAAAGGUUUCAAGUCUUAGACGCGCUUAUCCGAUUAAUAUUCUCUUUAAGUUUUAACGUUUACUUAUAAAAUUAUUAUUAUAUCGUAUCAUCAUAUCCUAUCGCAUAUAGUUCUUUUUAGAUAAAUAAAGAUAAAAUAAUAUUUCACAUCACAUUUAUAAACAAGAUAUUAAAUAUGAAAUAAAUAUUCAUUGAAAUACUAACACAUCUUUUAUCAUAAUCUUUAUCAUUGUUUCAUAAAAUUUGGCAUAGGUAAUUUCAUCCCUUCUUUCGCUUCAAAGAACGUAUAAGAAAGUACAAUUUCUUCUACAUCCUCCAUUUUAGGAUCAUUAACGAAUUCUGGAUCAAUGUAAAAAAA